GUCUGAGUGGGAUGCUGUUUGGAGGGAUGAUAUGGACUUGUUAGGCCAAAUGGCCUCUUUCCACACUGUAGUGAUUCUGUGAUAUAAGGUGAACAUCAUUCUUUAAAAUAUGGUGCCCAAAACUGAAUGUAAUAUUCUAGGUGACAGUCAAGUAAAGUUUCUGCAAAACUGAAACAUCACUUUCUCACAGUGGCAUUCCAAUUCCUUUAAGAAAAGAGCCAACAUUAUAUUAGCCAUAUUGAUUACUUCUAUAUCUGUUCACAUUUGUGAUGAUUAUGGUACGUGGAUGCCCAAAUCCCUUUGCUACUCUAUUUGUUACUCCCUGAACAUUAAGAAAAUAUACCAAUGUGAUUGGUUGAAUAGAGAGUGAAUAUGUUUAAGUGCCAUAAACAGCAGCGAUGAUACAUAUUUUGGCAAAGUGGUAAAGCAUUUUUAAAAUGCUUUUGUUCAAACGAAUCUUGAAGCACGUGUCAGCUUCUUAUAAUUAAAUUUAGGGACUUCUUAAAUCACCUUCAGCAGCAUCCAUCUAGCCGCAUAACUAAUUGAUUAGCCUAAAUUUCAUACCAUAUCCUCUCUUGUAAAUAUACACAGAAUUCAAGAUCCUAAUACUGGUCUGCUUUGCUGCAUCUGGGUGUAAAAGACUUUGAUAGCACACUCGAGUGUUCUCUUCUGAUCUCCAAGAUUCAGAUGGCAAAUUAAAAGUAUACUAGUAUUUUCUUUGGACAAGAUGUUGCUGAGACUGAGGGAAUACUUAAGUUUACCAAUUAAAAUAAGUGUACUUCCCAGAAAUGGUGGGAGCUGUUGUGAUGUAGUGGUAGUGUUCCUACCUCUGAGCCAGGAGACCUGGGUUCAAGUCCCAUUUAGUCCACUGGUAUGUAAUAGCAUAUGUGAAUUGGUCAAUUUUUUUUAAAAAAACUAGAAAUAGCAGUUAUAUUCCAGCCUCAAACAACUCUUCAGUGAAGCAGGUUUUAAAGUGAUUAGUUCAAAGUUGUCCCUCAAUUCCAUGAUGAUGUCUACUCAAGAUUGCAGAUUUCUGUUGAUCUGUCUGAACAGUUCAUUUCAUAACAUCUUCAGGCACAUGGGGCAGGUCAUCACACAAGGCAGUGGGAUUGGGAGCACAGGUUUGCUUCCUUUCAUUUCUUACUCUGAUUCCAUUUUACCUCAUCAUUAAAGCAUUUGGACUCAAAGCAUGAUGCAGCUUGGUGGACAAUUGUCACCAUUUUUAAUGAUUGGUAGCAAAUUCCCACUAAUCAUUGUCAUUAAGGUUAUUGUUGCAUACUGCCAGAAGAUUUUCAAUGUUUCCUAGGCAUUGUCUGGAAUUUGUGAAUAGGGGAAACAAGCCCUGGCAAGGAAGAUGAUUUUUGGCCAUCUGUUGCAGCGUCUAGUCCAUUAUAGUUGAUUUCGCAAACGUUUUGUCUGAUUGUUUAUAAGAGUAUCUCGAAAGAGGGACAAUAGCAUUUGUUUAAUUGUCUUUCAAAUUAAUCCACAGAAUGUGGUGGAGGUAUUGCUGGUGCAAUUUCUUUGGCAUUAUGUCUUGGUAACUGCUAAUUUGACGCUAGAUUACUGACAAUUGCCUGCUUGUAUCUUUGUAACAUCAGUACAUUGUUGCUACGAUACAGGCACCUAGAAACAAUAAAUUACAUUAAUGCAGCAGCUCUGAUGCAGUAUAACAGGAAUAUUAUCAGGCAAGAAAUGACGUUGAGCUCCUUUAGGAUAUUGGGAAGAGGUGAAACUACUUAGUCAAAGAGCUAUUUAAGGGGCACGCUAACGGGAGAGCGCGGUGGAACCUUUUUGGAACGGUAUUCCAGGAUUUAGGACUUAAACAGCUGAGGCCGGAUAAGAACGCGAGAGAAAGGCCAACCUUUGAAUACCAGCUCAGAAAACUUAGGCAUGAAAAAUCAGUGUCACUGAUUAUGUACAAAACUUAAAUGUAUCCACAGCUUGUACGCAUGGGAUGAAUCCUGAGAUCACUUCUCUGUAAAUCAUUAGUCAAUACAAAAUAUAUGAUUCAAGCAUAAGACGUUGUACCAUAGGCAAAAAUAGACGAGAAAAACUACGCUUAGUUUUUUGACUGCUUGUCUCCUGGCCUUCCCGACUAUCAUUGCCAGUAUAACAGGCCAGGUUAACUACUGAACCAGCUAAAUAAACAAUCGGCUGUAGUGGCAGAAAGCUCUAUAUAUCCCUAUGGUUGUUUUGGUGUUUUCCGACACUAAAGUUGAUGGGCAACUGGAAAGAGCGAGCUGAAGAGCAGAAGUUGGAGGCGGGUCAGGAGAACCAUCGGGAAAUCUCUCGUUUAAAAGCGAAACAUUGCUGAAGGGAGGGAUCAGCUAAAAAUAGCGGCAUCGACAUCUGCUUCUGCCUCACAAACUGGAAACAGUCACAUUCUCUGCAAACUUUCCCCACAGUUUAACUUACCAUUGAAGUGUUACGCUUUAUUUCUUUCCUCUUUCUUUAAAAGUUUUGGUAGAAAUUUGUUGAGGUGACUAUGUCUGUAUCAGAAGAAACUGACCACAGACAGCCAGCAAAGACACAAUGGUAUGACCGUAAAAAUUAUGUGUUUGUUGAGUUCUGCGUAGAAGAUAGCAAGAAUGUUGAUAUUAAAAUUGAAAAAUUCAAACUAAUCUUCAGUUGCAAGUCAGCAGAUAACACAGAACUCUACAAUAACAUUGAACUGUACAGCAAAGUGGAUCCAAAUGAUUCGAGACACAAACGUUCAGACAGGUCAGUAACACUCUUCAUGAGGAAAAUUGAUGGUAAAAAAGCUUGGCCAAGGCUGACCAAAGACAAAACCAAGCAUGCCUGGUUAACAGUGGACUUUGAUAACUGGAGGGAUUGGCACGAUGAUGAUGAGCAGAUGAUUGGCUUGGAACACUAUGCAAAUAUGCUGAAAGAACUGAAGAAUACUGGGCCACCUCCUGCAAUGGAUGAUCUAGAUUUUGAAACCCUGGUGGUAUCAUGUGUUCCAGCAGAGUUGAAAAUCACUGGGAAAAAAGAAACUCUGAAAGGUUUUAACGUGAUUCUUGAGGACACUUUACUGUUUCCAGAGGGAGGUGGACAGCCAGAUGACCGUGGGUUUAUAAAUGGCAUCCCUGUGUUACGAGUAACAAGACAUGGACCAGAGGCUGUUCACUUUGUGCAGUCAUCCUUGGAGCCUUUAUCUAAGGUUCAGGUGAAGAUUGACUGGGAAAGACGAUUUGACCACAUGCAACAACAUUCAGGGCAACAUUUAAUUACAGCCAUAGCAGAUUUGUUGUUUGGUUUCAAAACUACUUCAUGGGAACUGGGCCGUCAACGUAGUUUCAUUGAACUGGACACACCUUCUGUGAUGGGUGAGCAGGUUGAAGCUCUGGAAAAUACAGUAAAUGAGAAAAUCAGGGAGCAUAUUCCUGUCAAUGUACGAGUUGUAUCUGUUGAUGACCCAGAGGUAGAAAAGGUGAGGAGUCGGGGUUUACCAGAUGAUCAUGCUGGCCCAGUCCGAAUUAUCGACAUUGUAGGAAUUGAUGCAAAUAUGUGCUGUGGAACACACGUCUCGAAUCUCAGUCAUUUACAGGUCAUUAAAAUUUUAGGAACCGAUAAAGGAAAGAAGAACAAAACAAACUUAAUUUUCCUGGCUGGGAAUAGAGUGUUAAAAUAUGCAGAGAAAAGCUACACAGUGGAAAAGGCGCUUACAUCACUUCUCAAGAAUGGGCCAGAGGAACACAUUGAAGCUGUGGACAAAUUGCAAAAAUCAGUCAAAUUGUUACAGAAGAACAAUCUAAACCUGCUCAGGGAUUUGGCUCUGUUAACAGCAAAAAACUUUAGGAGUGAUCCAAACAAGGGCAAGUUAUUAGUUUUGCACAGAAAAGAUGGGGACAAUGAAUUUAUGAAUAUUGUAGCAAAUGAAGUUAGUGCUGAGGUAGUGCUUGCAUUUCUAACAGUCGGUGAUGAAAAAGGAGCAGGCUUAUUCCUGUUAGCAGGUCAAGUGGAUGCUGUCGAAGAGCUAGGUUCAAAGGUUGCCCAAAUCCUUGAUGGAAAAGGUGCUGGAAAGCGGGGACGUUAUCAAGGUAAAGCAAACAAGAUGAGCAAACGGCCAGAGGUGGAGGCUCUCCUUCAGCAAUAUGUGAACGCGAUGGAUACAAAAGAGGAAUGAAGACACACAAUGCAUGCUGGUCUAAAUUUACAUGUAUAAUAUCAUUUUGUCUAAAAAGAAGUACUUCAUCUCGACCAUGUGGUCUUUCAAAUGUAGACUUAGUGUAUAUAUGCACUCACAACUACAUUUGUGAGUGUGACUCUUGCCUAGGUCAAAAACUGGCUCUGAAGGGAAAAGAAGUGAGAUUACAUCUUCGAAGGAGUGCCAUUCCUGCUCUGAGGAAUGCUGCUCGCGGCUGUGACCCCAAGAUUCAGGCUGUAUUUGCAUUAUAACUGUGGUGUCAGUGUGAAGUGACACAGCUUUGCACCAAGUGAAUAUAUGCAUGAUCACUCCAUUGACCACUGAAUUGAGUUUAAUGCUGGCCUGUACUUAGUGUGCACCAUGUGAUGCAUACCAUCAAUAAAAUAAUUUGUUUUCUUAAAA